CCAUGGCAAAUCUGUCAUGGUUGCCGUCAGCCCCAUCCCCUAUUUGGUCGGAUUUAUUGGUUUUCAUCAGUGUUGCAGAGGAAGGGUAACGAUGGAGUAGAGAUAUCUGAGGUCUGGGGUGGCUCGACCAUUGGAGGAUGGAGUGGAGUGUGGGGUGUGAUCGACGGAGGACAGCGGUUGGAGGAGAGAUGGGAGUGGAUAGUGGGUGGUGAUUGGUGAGGCUACUUGAAACUGUAUGGAACGUGGAAGGUCUGCGUCUAUGGAACGUGGAAGCUCUGCAUGUAGGAAGAAGAUAGGUGUUGUAUUUCUAUUGGACCACUUAAUAAGGUGAGUAAAUUGGAUAAUAUGGUCCUUAUUACGUUGCGUUGUCUGCACAAGUUGCCGCCACUACAAAUAGACACAAAAGACAGAAAAACCAAUCUCCCUGCACGCCCUGCUGAAACAAAAAAAGCACAGAAAAAAGGAGACGUUUCAGAUUUCACUUCCGAUGGCUUCCCAUCAAGUUUUUUCAUCCUUCCUUUUCCUUCUCUGUCUCCUUCAAUCCAUGAGAGUCGGCUACCCGGCGACGUUCACCAUCGCAAACAAGUGCACCACCACCAUAUGGCCGGCCAUUCUGUCUAAUGCCGGGACUUACCAGCGACCGGCCACCACUGGAUUCGCUUUGCCUCCUGGAGAGUCCAACACGUUUUCCGUCCCCACCUCGUGGUCCGGUAGGUUAUGGGGGCGAACGCUCUGCUCCCAAGACUCAACCACAGGCAACUUCACUUGCUUGACAGGCGACUGCGGAUCUUCGGCAGUCGAAUGUGCUGGCGGUGGAGCCGCGCCGCCGGCUACUCUCGCAGAGUUCACGCUGAACGGUACGGGUGGGCUUGAUUUCUACGACGUGAGCUUGGUCGAUGGGUAUAAUCUUCCCAUGUUGGUGGUGGCCGAGGGCGGGACCGGAGGGAACUGCACGUCCACCGGGUGCGUUGUGGACUUGAACAAGGGGUGCCCCUCGGAGCUGAAGGUGACGGCGAGUGAGGAGGGAGUGGCGUGUAAAAGCGCGUGCGAGGCGCUUGGGGAGCCGCAGUACUGCUGUAGCGGGCCGUACGCUACGCCGGACACAUGCGUGCCGAGUUCUUACUCGCAGUUUUUUAAAAAUGCGUGCCCGAAAGCUUACAGCUAUGCGUAUGACGACAGCACCAGCACCUUCACCUGUGCUUCCGCCAAUUACAUCAUCACUUUCUGCCCUGCUCCUUCGAUCGGGUAACCAUUUGCACUAUUGAUGAUUUUAAGACUAAAAUCGUCCUAAUGCCAAGGCUUGAAAAAUAAAAGAGAAGAGACAGAGUAAUAGUAAAUAUUGUCUUCAAGAACCUUUUAUAUUUUUUUGCUAAAGCAUUAGUCUUUUGUAAUUGGGUCCCGUAAUUUUGCGUUUUGGUGGGAUAUACAUAUGAUGGUUUUUGCAAAAGGGUUUUAAUUUCUCUGAUG